AAAACCUCAUCUGGAAUGCUCGUUGGAAUAGCCCGCGAGAGUCCCCAACGACAAUUCCAUUCCACGCGUUGUCCAACCCACCACUCAAACGAAUUAUAUUCUCUCUCUCGCUCUCGGCUACCUGGAAGUUCGGAUUGAAGCGCCGGCUUAUCUUCACAAGGCUCAAUGGACGUGAGAGUUGGGCUCUUACUUGUUGUAGUGUUGGGUGCUAGUUGGGCUUGUGAUGCUAGACAACUGGUGAGCACUGAAUUGCAUCAUGGGAAUGGAAUUGAGAUAUCAGUUAUGGAGAUCAAGUACCAGGAUCAUGAUAUCAAAGUUCAAAGUAUGGAGGAAGUUUUAGGGAAUGACAAAGUAUGUACAUUGUGUGAGGAGUUUGCUUCCGAGGCACUUGAUUACUUUGCUGAAAACAAGACCCAGACUGAGAUCCUUGAUAUCCUCCAUCUAGCCUGCUCUCGGGUUGGCUCUUUCAAACAUGAGUGCAUCACUUUGGUGGACUAUUAUGCUCCCCUCUUCUUUUUAGAGGUUUCCACUUUACAGCCUGAAGAAUUCUGCCGAAAAGUCAAUCUCUGUCAACAAAUUGCUAUGGUUUCUUCACAAUUUCAUGAAGACAGCUGUGGGCUUUGCCACCGUGCUGUUUCAGAAACACUAGUUAAGUUGAAAGAUCCUGACACACAGCUAGAGAUCUUUGAGUUGCUUUUGAAGGCAUGCAAUUCCAUGGAGAACUAUGCGAAAAAGUGCAAGAAGAUGGUUUUCGAGUAUGGACCUCUAAUCCUAGCCAAUGCGGAGAAAAUCCUGGAAACAUCAGACAUAUGCACCACGCUUCAUGCCUGCAAUUCGCCUGCAGCUAGUAGCAAUGAAGCAUCACACUCGACAAAAGUAUCUGUGCUAUCCGAUUCUUAGUUAUGGCAGCAAAUAUCCAACGGAGUGAAAAUGCACAUUCGGACGAUAUUUAUACUAUCAUUCAAUGUCAUGUGUAUGUAUAAUAAUACAACGUCAUCAUGGUGCUUGUGUUGUACAUUAUGUGCUCGAUCGCAAUCUACUGCUUACACGAAAGUUAUU